AUGGAUAAGGAACGAGUUAGGAAACGUCCUCGUAUGACCUGGGACGAGGCCCCAGCUGAACCAGAUGCUAAAAGGUCUCAGAGACAUGGAAGCGAUGGGAGGGUUUUCUUGUCACCACCACAAAGGGAGGAUGAUCGCGACGGCCAUUAUAAUUUCAGUUUGAGAGACAAUCUCACUCCUAGAUGUGAUGUCGUUGCUGGUGUUGUAGGCACAUUUGGUCGGGUUUUGGAAUGUUGGGAUCGUGAAACUAAAGAAUAUGUGGCUAUAAAGAUUAUCCGAAGCAUCAAGAAAUACAGGGAUGCAGCUAUGAUUGAGAUUGAUGUUCUUCAGAAGCUUGUUAAGACUGACAAAGGCCGCAAACGGUAUUUUUAUAUAUAUGUGUUCGAGAAGCUUGGGCCAAGUUUGUUUGACUUUCUCAAGAGAAAUAAAUACUCCGCAUUUCCUCUGGCUCUUGUCCGUGAUUUUGGAUACCAGCUUUUGGAAUCUGUAGCAUAUAUGCACGAGUUACAGUUAGUUCACACCGACCUCAAGCCCGAGAACAUUCUUUUGGUGUCUUCUGAAAAUGUAAAGCUUCCUGACAACAAGAGGAGUAGUUCACAUGAGACGCAUUUCAGGUGUUUACCGAAGUCAAGCGCCAUUAAACUGAUUGAUUUUGGAAGUACUGUUUGUGAUAACCGGAUUCAUCACUCCGUUGUCCAAACAAGGCAUUACAGAUCCCCUGAGGUCAUUUUAGGUCUAGGAUGGAGUUACCAGUGUGACUUAUGGAGCAUAGGUUGUAUACUAUUUGAACUAUGCACGGGUGAGGCUCUAUUUCAGACGCAUGAUAACCUUGAGCAUCUAGCGAUGAUGGAGAGGGCAUUGGGACCUCUGCCUGAACACAUGACCCGAAAAGCCUGCCGGGGUGCUGAGAAAUAUUUUAGGAGAGGAGGUAGGCUGAAUUGGCCUGAAGGAGCCAACUCUAGAGAGAGUAUUAGAGCUGUAAAAAGACUUGAUCGUCUGAAGGAGAUGGUACCGAGGCAUGUAGACAACACAAGAUCUGGAUUUGCAGAUCUGUUGUAUGGUUUACUGCAGUAUAAUCCGUCCGAGCGUCUCACAGCAAACGAAGCUCUAGACCAUGCUUUCUUUAAGAGCGCAGGUUGA